AUGAGCGUACCCGUCCCGCUCCUUCCAAGCGCCGCGACUCCCGAUUCCAAAGAUAUAAUGGUUGGAAACAUGCCGCUUUCACUCUUCAUUCCCAUCUGCAUCUUCGGACCAAUGCUCUGUGCGACGCUGGUCCAUCUCUACAUCAAAAAGAGCAGGCAGGUGGAUCAGGAGAUGGAUCGGCAGCGACAAGGCGGGGAUGUAGAAAUGCAGCUUCGGGGAUUCUUGAGGGCACCGGAGCAGAGGGGACGGGAGACUUUGAGGGAGGUUUAG